GCCCGGCCGAGUGUCCGCCGCCCGCGCGCCCCGCCGCCGGCAGCCCGAGCCGCACCCUCCGCGGACGGAGCCCAUGCGCCGGGCGACCCGCGCGCCCCGGCCCCGGCCCCCUUCCCCGCCCCCGCCCCGGCUCCGGCCCCGGGGGCAGUCGCGCCAGUGAGCGGUGGCUCGGGAGGCCACCGCAUUGACGCACUGACGUGUGCCGCGACCCCCUGAGGAGCGAUGACGGAAUAUAAGCUCGUGGUGGUGGGCGCUGGAGGUGUGGGGAAGAGUGCCCUGACCAUCCAGCUCAUCCAGAACCACUUCGUGGACGAGUACGACCCCACCAUUGAGGACUCAUAUCGGAAGCAAGUGGUUAUUGACGGUGAGACGUGCCUGCUGGACAUUUUGGACACGGCGGGCCAGGAGGAGUAUAGCGCCAUGCGGGACCAGUACAUGCGCACCGGAGAAGGCUUCCUCUGCGUGUUUGCCAUAAACAACACCAAGUCCUUCGAAGACAUCCACCAGUACAGGGAGCAGAUCAAGCGGGUGAAGGACUCCGACGACGUGCCCAUGGUGCUGGUGGGGAACAAGUGCGACCUGGCUGCGCGUACUGUGGAGUCUCGGCAGGCGCAGGACCUCGCCCGCAGCUAUGGCAUCCCGUACAUUGAGACGUCAGCCAAGACUCGCCAGGGCAGCCGCUCUGGCUCUGGCUCCAGCUCCGGGACCCCCGUGACCCAGCGGCCCCUAGCGCUGGCGUGGAGGAUGCCUUCUACACGCUGGUCCGAGAGAUCCGGCAACACAAGGUGCGGAAGCUGAGCCCGCCCGACGAGGGCGGCCCGGGCUGCAUGAGCUGCAAGUGCCUGCUCUCCUGACGUCCCUUCCGUGUCCACCGUGACGUCCUCACUGGCCCUCUGCGCCCCACGAGCACAGGCACGGGGCGCGGGGGUGCCGGAUGCUGGGAGGAGGCGCGGACGAGGAAGGAGGAGGGGAAGGAAGGAAGGAAGGAUGGAAGGAAGGAAGGAAGCGCCACCGGAGCCCGGCCAGCCCAGGCUCCCUGGACACAGGGACCGCAGACCUCCCGGGACGCUUUGCACAGACUGUCGUGAACUGAGGCCACCGGCACCCCGGCUGUUACUCUCCUCCCAGCCCCGUCCUGGCCCGCUGGGCACAGGCUGAGUUGCAGUAAAUUAUUUGAUGGUCUUGAC